CUAAUUAACUAAUUCAGUGACGCAAAAUCCUUCUUGAGAAACCAACAGUACGCAUAGAUACUUCGAAAUUCCCCGUCGUUUACGAAAUGCGAAGGUUUAUCAUAAUAAUCCGCCUAAAUUCCCUAUCCUUAACCGCAAGAAUCCAUUCUAAAACCUCCAACCCUUUUCCAAGACGCAUUUCAAUAUAAUUCUCCCAUCUACCACUAAUCUUCCUAGUGUUCUCUUCUUUCCAGGCUUACCAACUAAAAUUUUGUCGCGUGCCUCAUAUCCCUCGUGCCCUCUACAUGUCCCUCCCAUCGCAUCCUCCCUUUUAUCAUCGUAAUAAUGCUGGAUAAAGACUAGAAAUUAUGUAGCUACUCGUUUCGCAGUUUCAUCUAACUUCCCGCCUCUUUGUCGCUCGUGUUAGGUCCAAAUAUUCUUCAGAGCACCCUGAUCUCAAACGGAGUCAGUCUGUGUUCCUUCCGUAAUGAGAGACGCCAAGUUUUAUACCCACACCAAAAAACUCAAAGACUGAAGAUUUAAUUCAGUCCGACAGUAUGCAAAUGUGCUUUAGUUUCUUCGGUGGGUGGAAACGCUUGCAAUUUCGGGACACAAAGUAGAGGUUUAUUUCGAAAGUGCAAUCUGGCCGAUAACAGAUUAUUAAAACUUACCAUAUGGAAAUAUAAUAAGCAAAUACGUGGACUAUUUCUGGUUCCCGCAGAGGCUGAAAUGAAGAUGACUAUCUUCUGGGACGUAACUAUGUGUGAUCUGGUAGAAACUUAACGACGUUUCGGAAGAUACUACUGCCUCAUCAUCAGGACUCUUCGCCCUCAUGUUUGAGAUCACAUGGAGACCAAUAUUACUCUGUGGCAGUUCUUGCUGGAACUUCUCAUCAGCAACCAGUACACAAGCAUCAUCACUUGGACCAACAAUGACGGGGAAUUUAAGCUCGUAAAUGCAGAGGAGGUGGCACGACUGUGGGGACUCCGGAAGAAUAAGACCAACAUGAAUUACGACAAGCUGAGUAGAGCUCUGCGCUAUUACUACGAUAAAAAUAUUAUUAAGAAAGUGAUGGGCCAGAAAUUUGUCUACAGGUUUGUUUCAUUCCCUGAGAUUGUGAAAAUGGAAAGCAAAGUUCCAUUCCGAGUGAAGAUGGAAAGUCUACAGAAAACGCCCGGAGGAAUUUUUAGUGGUAGAUUCUAUUACGGAUCUCCCGGAGGAGGCAUCAGACUUGGUGGAUUCUCUGCAAGUACCUCAGGCCUUCAAGAUGUCCCUGACUUGUGUUCUCCACUUGCUUUGCCCCCAUCGCUUCUGGACAUGUGGAAGAAGCUUCCAUUGUCUCUAGCCCUGCAGAGUAAGGACAGAAGUAUUAAUCUUUCUACAACAUAUAAACCAGUUAAUUUAGACACCAAAAGCCAGGGGCAUUACAGUCACCAGACAGAAAGAUGCCGAUCACCACUGAGUCACUACUUCCUCCAGCAAGGCAGUAAUUCCGACUCCACCGCGUUGGACAGGAAGCAAGACUGUGCUGCUUCUUUGAACAUCUGUCCUUCAACUUAUCAGGCAUUUGCAUCCAAGACAUCUGCUCCCAUCCAUCAUUUCUGGAGUUCAAUCAAUCCAAUCCCUGCUCUCAGUGCUUACUCACAAUUUCAAUUCCCUUUUCCAACACACUCUUCUCUUGUUUACCCAGCAUCCGCUCCUUCCCCCCUUUCAAUCCUCUCACCAACAAAAGCCCCCAUUUCCGUCAUUCAGUAAUUGUGUCCAUCGCAGGGAUGUAAUAACGUUUACUGCAAGUGAGCCAACUGUGACAUUCCCCCAAAACCUGACAAAAGAAAUCACAGAUCAUAAAAAGAAGAAAAUGGUGAAAACAAAUCUCAGUUUUCCUCAAACUGUUUCUGCAUUCCGAUUCAACACGCGAAUCUUCCAAAACAAUCCAUUUUUUAAAGCAUAUGGAUCAGAAGUAGAAUUUAUUUGUCCCAUUUGGGGAUUGCAAGGAAAGUUCUUUCUCUAUUCAGAAUUGUAAAUUAAUUAUACUGUCGACAUGUUUUCUCUUCAUUGCAGAGCCCUCUUACAACUUAAUUUUAUAAAACAAAGCAUUCUGGUUUUACAUAUGCUAAAUAUUUUGGUGAGUAUUGAGCCCCCACACUCCGCCAUGUAUAAGAUCAUGGCUCACCUAACGUAAUUAGACAAUAACGUUCAGUGAAGUGGCUUCUUAAACCACAUAAAGAAUCCAUCAGUUUUCAGCCAUUUAAAAAUACAAUAUUAUUAAAAUUGGUGAGAUUUCAGUUUCUCAUAGUGGCGAGGGUUACAGUGACUGGCUUCUGGGGGUGUUGCCUCCAACAUCAGUGUCCUGACGAUAGAGGCAGCUAGGACCUCUGAAACGUUGGUAAACUUCUACCAGACGACAUGGCGCAACAACCCAGAAGACUGCCAUCUUCAUUCUUAAAUUGCUUUAGUGACAGGAUUAAGACAGGCUUGAGGAAGCUGAUAUAUUUGAAAAAAAGAGAUUUCUCGUCAAUAGCUGUUACAGAGAUAAAGCAAAUGUAAAUAGUUUUUUGGAUGAAUUUUACAUUUCCAGCCAUAGGAUUUAUAGUGUAAAGUUACUCUUUUUCGCCAAUUAGUCAUCGUAAGAAAAGGAACACAAAACACGAAAAUUUAGCUUUAAGGAAUUGGGGAUUUGAAACCCAUACUGUGUGGCUAUUUUAAGACCAGGUUUAACAAAUUGGCAAUGUGCUUCUCCGUGGCACAAUUCCAACAAAGGUUAAUCUAGUAGCUGAACCAAUUAAACAUGGGAGCCAUAUUAACUUCAUUGUUUGGGAAAUAUUAUAUAAAGUGUUGUUUCUUCAAAGAGGAGGAGGAGCACGUAGACUUCGACUUGAAACUAAUGUUAUGCUUAUAAGACACAUGAGAUUAUGUUAAAAUUUUCUUAUAAUUUUAUGUAUCAUAUGGAGUUGGGGGACAGAAGAGAAAAAGGUAGAGAGUUCUGGUGUGUUGUGCAUGUUAUCUAAAAUAAUAGACAGUGCACAAAAAGAAUGUUUGUUGCUUUGUCUUCUGUUUGAUGUAUUACUAUGUAUUACAGUGCUGUAGAAAGCCAAGCACAUCAUGUGUGUAAAGAAAUAAACAAGUGAAUACACAUC